AUGUCGGACCUGAUCCGGGAUGCCCCAAUCGGGCAGAUAAUCCGCUUCGUCACACGAAACCGCCUCCUUCAGUACCCUGAAGAAAAGCCCGACUACAAGCUUCCCGGCGACUACACCCUUCCGCCUGAAGUUCCCAUCGAAGAGCCCUAUGUUCCUGACAUAGAGCCGGUCGAGGAAGAGGUCGAGCCACGUGAAGAGAGGGAGUCGGAGGACCAGACUGUGGACCUCGAGAAGAGCAGGACCGCCGAUACCUCACGAACCGGUUACACGACCGACUUGGAGAAGGCCGAGACGGCCGACACUGGCCUAUCCCGGCCGGUAACCGCCAACUCUGUCCAGCGUGUGGGCACGCGCACCGCCCUCCAAAGAUCAAUCACCAGAGCGGACCUCGAGCAACAGUUCACCAAUGCCACUCUGGAGCGCGGCCCAACCAUCAAGAUAGCUCCCACACACCUGGAUGACGGCACCACUCUCGUUGACUGGUACACGACCGACGACCCGGACAACCCGCAGAACUGGUCUUUCGGCAAGAAGGCCUUCGUCGCCACCCAGAUCUACGCAUACACCCUCGCCGUCUACAUGGGCUCUGCCAUCUACGCCCCCAGCGAGGAGGGCGUGAUGCGCGAGUUUGGCGUCUCCAUCAACGCCGCCGCACUCGGUCUCUCCAUGUACGUCCUCGCCUACGGCAUCGGCCCGCUCAUCUGGUCGCCGCUCAGUGAAAUCCCCCUGAUCGGCCGCAACCCGCCGUACAUGGUCACCUUCGCCGUCUUCGUCAUCCUCCUCGUGCCCACCGCCCUGGUCGACAACUUCGCCGGCCUCGUCGUGCUCCGUUUCCUGCUCGGCUUCUUCGGCAGCCCCUGCCUCGCCACCGGCGGCGCCUCGCUCCAAGACAUGUACAGCCUGAUCAAGCUCCCCUACGUGCUCAGCCUGUGGGCCCUCGCCGCAACCUGCGGCCCCGCCCUCGGCCCCAUCAUCUCGGGCUUCAGCGUCACCGCCAAAAACUGGCGCUGGUCGCAAUGGGAGCUGCUCUGGCUCGCCGGCCCCGUCUGGCUCGUCCUCUUCCUCUUCCUCCCAGAGACAUCCCCAUCCACCAUCCUCCUCCGCCGCGCCGCCCGCCUGCGCCGCCUCACCAACAAUAACACCACCACGACCACCGCCACCGCCACCCGCACCUUCAAAUCCCAAUCCGAACUCGACCAAGCCAGCCUCACCCUCCGCGCCAUGGCUGCCGAGUCCCUCUGGCGUCCGAUCCAGCUCAUCCUCCUCGACCCGGCCAUCGCCUUCACCGCCGUCUACACCGCCCUCAUCUACGGCAUCUUCUACUCCUUCUUCGAAGCCUUUCCCCAAGUCUACACGGGCACCUACGCCAUGAACCUCGGCCAGAUGGGCCUCACCUUCCUCUCCAUCACCGCCGGCGUGAUCCUCUCCAUCGCCGGCUACUGGGCCUACGUCCGCCUCGCCGUCGAGCCGUCCAUCCGCGCCCGCGGCCUCGGCGCCCCCGAGCGCCGCCUCAUCCCCGCGCUCGCCGCCUGCGCCUGCUGCCCCGCCGGGCUGUUCGUGUUCGGGUGGACGGCGCAGCCGCGCGUGCACUGGAUCGUGAGCGUCGUGGGCGUGGGGAUUUUCACCGUCGGGAUUUUCGUGGUGCUGCAGUGCAUCUUCUUGUACCUGCCGCUCGUGUACCCGCAGUACGCGGCCAGCCUGUUCGCCGGCAACGACUUCUUGCGCAGCACGCUGGCCGCCGGCGCGGUGCACUUCUCGCGCCCGCUGUUUGCGAACCUGGGCGUCGGCGUGGGCGUGAGCAUCUUGGCGGCGUUUACGGUGGUGUGCUGCGCGGGCGUGUGGCUGCUGUACUUUUUCGGCGAGAGGCUGAGGGCGAGGAGCAGGUUCUCGGCCAAGUGA